AUGGAUGCGAACACCCUGGAUUUAGCAGUUGUCGCGGUUGCAGGAAGCAUGUUUACGAAAAGCACGCUUGGUAUAAAUAUUUCAAUCAAAAACCUAUUGUUAUUUCAAAUACUGUUGAAGAAAAGGCAAUGUAAUCAUAUCAAAAACCAAACAUACAAUUCCUUGUUGUUCUACGGAAAAUGAUUUAUGUCGUUCCCUUUCGGUGUGGUUACAAAGUGCGGCUGGCGGCGGCAAGUCUGAAAAGCAAUCACAAAUUUCAGUGACAAGGGCUCUCAAGUUUAUAACAUUUUGUUGUUCUGAAACGGGCGAGGACGAAUUGAAUGGGACUUCGUCUUUAGAAAUUAUAGAUUAUUUUGUUGGUUCUUCGAAAUUGUUAACUAACGGGUGUAAUUAACGGGUGUAAUUAACGGGUGUAAUUAACUAAAGUGUAAUUAACGGGUUUCCUUGAUUAUCUUCAGGGUACUUGGAAAGUGGGAAUUUCCGGCCAAGUAGGUUCAUAACAAGCAUAUCUGAGUUGUUAGAUUUUCGAAAGUUUAACUCUCCCUCGGGCGCCGUACUGCAAAAUUUCUCUGUUACUGAUGUUUACAUCAAAAGAGCAAAGAAAUGUUUGUCAAAAGUAAUGAGGUUGCACUGGAGGACAGAUCUUGACAUAGAAACACUUGAAUCAAGACGGAGUUGGGCAAGCUUAGCCGAACUUCAAACUGUGAUACCCUUCCAUAUACCACGUUAUAAGAUUAUAUUGGACGAAUGCAAAAACAAAUCACCUGUUAUUAGCGCAACGAAUCUUACAUUUUUGCUACCCGAUUCCUAGCAGUAUUUAUGUUUUUUAAAGUUAAAGGCUGUAGGCCUAUGACGUAUCUUAGGAUGUUAGGGUUUGUAAUCCUAGUGAGAAUAUAUACAUUUUAGGAUCUAACCAGGAACGAAUCGAACCCACGUCCCUGCGAUUCCGGUGCAGCGCUCUAACCAACUGAGCUACAGAGGCCAGCUGUUGAGCUGUAACCGUAAGUUCAUGUAUAUAUAGGUAAACGGGUGUGCGGGUUGUGAUAAGGUGGACUUGAAUAAUUUAGAUUCUUGCACUUCACUGGGUGGAAUUAAUAUUAGGAUGUUAGGGUUUGUAAUCCAAGUGAGAAUAUAUACAUUUUAAGACCUAACCAGGAACGACUGCGAAAAAUGCAGAACAGGGUCCUCUCUGGUAGGAAUCGAACCUACGGCCCUGCGAUUCCGGAGCAGCGCUCUAACCAACUGAGCUACAGAGGCCAGCUGUUGAGCUGUAACCGUAAGUUCAUGUAUAUACAGGUAAACGGGUGUACGGGUUGUGAUAAGGUGGACUUGAAUCAUUUAGAUUCUUGCACUUCACUUGGUGGAAUUAAUAUUAGGAUGUUAGGGUUUGUAAUCCAAGUGAGAAUAUGUAGAGGAGCAGAAGUUGGUUUCUGAAGAUCAAAAACCCAGUUCGAAUGUCGCCCGAGUCCAUUAUCAGAAAUUGCGUUCUCGAGAUGUAGCUAUUAAAGGUCGAACAUGUAUGGAAAAAUUGCGUGGCUUACACGGAGCAGAAAUGGACACUUGCGUUGAACAGUUAAAACAAGAACAUUGUUCCGAACACGAAUCAAAAA